AUGGAAUAGUCCACUAAAUAAAUAAUAAUUAACAAUGUAUUUGGAUUUAAAUUAUUAAAUUACUUUGAGAAUACUAAAGAUAUUUUUUAAACAUUAGGCCAAGAUUAUUAUAUGAGAUUAAUACUUGAUUUAGGAUCUAACUUUAUAGAAGCUAAUAUUGACAAUUAUAUCAAGCCCUAAAUUCUGAUAUUGAUUAAUGAAUUAAUUUGA